AUGACUGGGUCGGACUCGGUCGAGUCGGCAAAGGCGGUCAUCAUCCUGACCGAAGUCAGCAAGGACCUCAAAGUCACCGACAUGUUUCUCGCCGAGCAUGUCCACCGCCCCAUCAGCGAGCUGGCGGGAGUUCUCGAUACGCUUGAUGACUACCUCGGCCGGGCCGACAAUCUCACGACCGCCGUCGACAAGAUCUUAAAGUUUAUCGACACCGCCCUGAGGAUCGGCGGGAGGUUUGCUCGAGCCGCCCCACCACCCAUUAGCACCAUCCUGUCGGCCAUCGUUGAACUCGUCAAGAACCUCAGGAUCACUGGCAUACUGCGAAAGGCAUUGGGCGAGGUCAAGUCGAUCGCGCAUAAGAUCAAGACGGACUUUAUGGACAAGGCCAAAAAAGGCGUCAAGACUGUCCUGGAAAAGAUUGAGAGCCUGACUGGCAAUAUUCCCGGAUGGGCCAACUCUGUCGACUUUAUGAAGCAUGCCUUUGUGAUUGUUCUGGAAGUGUUUGAUAUGCUGAAGGACGUAUUGGGUGACCAAGCAAUAGGAGCCUCGGUUCUUUCUGGUCUGGAGGGUUUGGCCAGUGGGCCACGGCAAGGAUUCGAAGCCAUCAAAAAUACCGUCCAGCCCGUCACGGAGUUUGCUCGAAAUGCUCUCGAACAGUUUGUCAAACUCGUAGGCAGCUUUGAAAGCCUGGGCAUCAGAGAGCUUAUGGACAAGUUCGAACCAGUUGCAAAUGUACUCGGCGGUGUGUCGGGGGUCAUUGAGGCUGUCGAGAGCGCCCUUGCUCCCGUUAUGUGGGUCUUGGAGUGCAUUGGGUUCCUGAUCAAUUUGAUCUUCAAACCCGUCAUGGAUUUCAUCAUGAACUCUUUGGGCCUCGGCGCACUCGUCGACAGCAUCGCAGAGCAAUUGAACAAGGUGCUGGGUAUCGACUCUAUCAGGAAAUACUUGGACCAGGCAAUGAACGCUGCAUUCAACAACAUACUUGGUCCGUUAGACGGCGAAUUGCAAAAGUUUGAUUGUGUUGAGCAAGUGCAAAAGUUAUCAAGCGACUUCCAGGCAUUCCGCAAGAGCCCAGCUGAUGGGAUAGUCAAGAUGCUCAACACAGUCAUCAACUCGGACGUCUCAGGGCACGUCAAGGUCAAACCUAUAGGCGGCGGCAACCCGAUGCUCGUGCUCAUGGCUUCAUCCCUCCCUGAACAGAAACCCCAGAGUCCGAUGAUAGUCGAAGGCGUUCAGAGUGACACCGUGGAUCAGCAUUGGUCCAACAAGACGGCCGCGGGCGAAAACUCCAGCAUGUCCCCCCUGCGAACUGCGUUCUUUGCCACAGCUGCCGCAGUUGAAGCUUCGGGACAAUCGCCGCUGGUCUGGGCAAGUCCCGCGACAUCCACAGAAGACACGGCAGGCACACCAGUAAGACUAGGGUACGCGUACUACAAGGACUUGCCAGUGUCCAUGCUUCUACGUACUCAGCACCCGCGGAUCCUUGAUGCCCAAAAGAGUGCGCGUGACACACCGCUCAAGCCUUUCGUGGUCGACGGAAACAUUGGCAACAACAACAGCAACAACAACAAUAACGUCAAGAUCAGUCAAACCACGCUUGGUGUUGACGAGCCCACUGUUGCGCUAUCGCUAGCUUCUAACGAUGGAUCUUCCAGUGGCGGAAAAUCGGACCACUUCGAUGCCUUUUGCGUUCGCCGCGCAAAGUUUCAGGCCGAAUGCGAAAAGGCACUCGAGCUCUUGGCAAGGCUCCUAGAUGUUGCUCAGCAAGCUGACCACGACUUCGCAACGUUUAGUCCGGAGUCUGUGGCAUUUGGAGAUCACCUCACGGCUAUGUUUGGCGGCAUCGAUCCAUUGCUGUCGGCGGUGGAGACGCUGAUAUCACUUCCACUGGAUUACUUGGGACAGAUGAAGAAACUACUGCAAGAGACGCUCGGCGCGCCCACUGCCGUUCUCGCAGUCGUCGAUGAUAUCGGCGGGGUGGGCAACGCCAUCGUCACAGCGAUCGAGGCAUUCAAGGACAAAGACGCAGCGCUUAAGCGGGCUGCAGAUGUCUCGACUGAAUACGUCAAGGUCCAGCAGGCUGUCAGCACAGCUUGCUCAACGGAUCGACUCCAGCUAGCCUCAAAACUGGGAGCUUCCAGCAGCGUGCAUGACAUAACAUCGCUCGUACGACUCCUCACCCACAGACUUGGAACGACAGCCACCAACUUUGAAGCCAUGGAAAACCUGGGUCGUGGCAUCUACGAAGACUACAAAACACACCCUGAGCGAUACUCAGCCGACUUCUUCACCAGGAUCGACUCAGUGUAUGAAGGUCUCGCGGGGACUGUAGCCAGCACCAGUGCAGAAGUCCGCGAUUUGGUUCAGCAGCAGGGCAACAGCAACAAUCAGGGGGUGUUGGGCACUUUGUACGCUGCGCUCAGUGGCGUCCACGACGAUGUGCGACGGUCCUUCCAAGCCUCUCAAGCUGUGUCAGAGCUCUGCACAGCGGUGGAGAGCAGCGUCAUCGCCACCGACGCUGCGCGUGAGGCAUGCGUCCGCUUCGCCAACAUGGUAGAGCCGCUCAAGCAUAUCCUGACCGAGGUCGGCGUCAGCAUAGACCCCAAACAGCCAGUCGGCCCUCGGGCUCUAGCAGACACGGGUCUUGCCGUCGUUCUGCAGAAACUGAUCACGGCAGCCGCCCUAGACGGGACCAAGCUGUUCCUUGAGCGGGCAUUCCACCUCGGCGACAUCAACAAGGGCAUGGACGACAUAAUGGUCCGGCUGCAGAACUCGCUCGAGAAGGAGCGCAUCCCGGCGCUUGACAAGGCUGUUCUCGAUCUCGUCGCCAAAGUGACGCCCACCAAGCUCAAUGCCUUUGCCCUGCCACCGGGCGGAAUCUCGGCCGACGACGAGACCGUAAAGACCUUUACCGUCAUGAGUCCGCUGCUGGACCAAGGCACGGCCGAUAUGAUGGGUCAGCUGUUGAUCGAAAUCAAGCGUGCUGCCAGCGACCAGUCGCCUCCGCUAAGUUGGGCCGGUCUCACCUGGUGUCGGCGCUGGGACGAAGCCGAGCCGGCAUUUCCCAGCGUCAUCUUCAUGGAAUGGUACCAGACUCUCCAGGACAUUGAUAUGCUUGUCAACAAGCGACGGCUCGGAGCUGUCGCCAAGACGGACAUGAUCGACGCCUAUGAUAGCCACCUGGGCGAGGCCCACUGGAUCCCUAUCCAUGAUCGUAUCAAUCAGCUCCUGCACGGCAUCAUAAAGCUGCCCGCCACAGCCGGAACGGACCUGCUCCAGACCAUCAAGCGUCAGCCAGAUACGACGCCCCUUCCUGCGCCAUACGUGCUUCCAACGGAAGCACCCGAGCUUGCGGAGAAGACACUUGGUGAAGCUGGUGACAAUGGCAAGAAAGCUCUGGCUGGCGACUCUGCGCUUCGAGGCGUCUGGCGCGAUCAGCAAAGGUUCGAGCAAGCAGCAGUCCAGCUGGCUCCGUUCGGUCUCACGCCCACCAACAACAUUGGUCUCGAGGGAUUGCAUCAUGGGUAUAACCUGCUGGGUGCGCGAGAGCUACUUGCGAACUGCGGUGACGAGGACAAGACGCAUCAGUAUGCGCGCUUAACAGGAUGCGAGGUAGAAGGCAAGGGGUUCGUGUCGGUCCCGGUUGCUGGUAGCAAGUGA